UACACCUCAGUGAGUUGUACCCACGACAAAGCGGAUUGUACCCACGACAAAGCAGAUUGUACCCACGACAAAGCAGAUUGUACCCACAACAAAGCGGAUAGUCCCCACGACAAAGCAGAUUGUACCCACAACAAAGCGGAUAGUACCCACGACAAAGCAGAUUGUACCCACAACAAAGCAGAUUGUACCCACGACAAAGCAGAUUGUACCCACAACAAAGCGGAUAGGACCCACGACAAAGCAGAUUGUACCCACAACAAAGCGGAUAGUCCCCACGACAAAGCAGAUUGUACCCACAACAAAGCGGAUAGUCCCCACGACAAAGCAGAUUGUACCCACAACAAAGCAGAUUGUACACACGACAAAGCAGAUUGUACCCAUGACAUAGCAGAUUGUACCCACGACAAAGCAGAUUGUACCCAUGACAUAGCAGAUUGUACCCACGACAAAGCAGAUUGUACCCACGACAAAGCGGAUUGUACCCACUACAAAGCAGAUUGUACCCACGACAAAGCAGAUUGUAACCACGCCAAAGAAGAUUGUCCCCACGACAAAGCAGAUUGUACCCACGACAAAGCAGAUUGUACCCACAACAAAGCGGAUAGUCCCCACGACAAAGCAGAUUGUACCCACAACAAAGCAGAUUGUACCCACGACAAAGCAGAUUGUACCCAUGACAUAGCAGAUUGUACCCACGACAAAGCAGAUUGUACCCACGACAUAGCAGAUUGUACCCACAACAAAGCGGAUAGUACCCACGACAAAGCAGAUUGUACCCACAACAAAGCAGAUUGUACCCACGACAUAGCAGAUUGUACCCACGACAAAGUGGAUAGUACCCUCCAUAAAGUGGAUU